AUGUCUCAAAGAAAUGUCGAGAUAGCUAGGAGAAUGAGAGAACGAAGAACUGAUGAUGAGCUUCGCUUGUUAGAUAAUAGAAGACGAGCAAAUUCUCAUAAAAUUGAACGACGAAAUAAUGAAUUCAAAACAGAAGAAAAUAAGCGAAGAGCCGAAGCUCUGAAAACUUCACGACAAGAUGAUGAAUUCAAAACAGAAGAUAAUAAACGAAGAGCCGAAGCUCAUAAAAUUGAGCGACAAGAUGAUGAAUUCAAAACAGAAGAUAAUAAACGAAGAGCCGAAGCUCUGAAAAUUGCACGACAAGAUGAUGAAUUCAAAACAGAAGAAAAUAAAAGAAGAGCCGAAGCUCAUAAAAUUGAGCGACAAGAUGAUGAAUUCAAAACAGAAGAUAAUAAACGAAGAGCCGAAGCUCUGAAAAUUGAGCGACAAGAUGAUGAAUUCAAAACAGAAGAAAAUAAACGAAGAGCCGAAGCUCUGAAAAUUGAGCGACAAGAUGAUGAAUUCAAAACAGAAGAUAAUAAAAGAAGAGCCGAAGCUCAUAAAAUUGAACGACAAGAUGAUGAAUUCAAAACAGAAGAAAAUAAAAGAAGAGCCGAAGCUCUGAGAAUUGCACGACAGGAUGAUGAGUUCAAAGAAGAAGAAAGAAGAAGAAAUGCACUAAGAAUGCACAAUAGUAGAGAUAAUUACAAAAGUAGUUUUGAUGGCAUGAAAUCAAAUUAUGAGUCAAAAAUAAAAGAAGGACCUACUCAUAUUUGCAGCUGUUGUGGUGGUUUAUGGUUUGAGUAUUCAAUCAGAGAAUUUACAGUUGAGAUGUUAACAAACAAAGGAUUAAAAAAAGAAUUUAUCGAUACAAAAGGACAUCAUGUCGAAUAA